UUGCUGUGUUUGUCUCUGUCUAUUUUCGACCAGCUUUUGGCUCCGAAAGUAAUUCUGAAGAUCAAAUUCCACUGAUGAACACUACAAGUGUGAUUUCUUUAAAUCGAGAUUUAUCAGUGACUUUGUCCAAGAAUUGCACAGUGAUACCAGUGUCCGAAAUGCUAAGACAUGAUAUCAAAGAACUUCUAGACGCCGGAACGAAACUUAUAAUAUUUGAUCUGGAAUUUCGCAACCAUUCCGGAAAACUACCGGGAGAAACAGAGUCGGAUAUUUAUAAAAUAUUCCAGUGGGAAAGAAGUACAGGUCGGCAUGGUCAAGGCUUGUUGUUUUUGAAGACGGGUUUCGAAAUACUUUCACUUUCGACUUUAACAUAUGGCACUGAAAACAUGAGGGUCGACUUAAUAGAAGAACCAGAUGGUUGUCUAUUAGGUAGAAAUAUACAUGACAUCGAGAGGGGACUUCGUCAAAUUUUAUUGAAUGAUUUCAAAGAAAUUUCACCAGACGGAAGCGGUGGAAGUCUUGGGGAUAAUGAACACAUCUGCAACAUGCACAUUAAAAAUGAGAACAACAGAGCUGUUUUUUACCACGUGUGUUGUACAAAAUCUUCAAAAGGUAGCGUGGUAUGUCAAGAGUUGGUAAAAGACUUGUACGUCCAACUUCUGUUUUUCUGCAUAUACUUCAUGAAUAUGCUUGCAAUUAUGUUUUGUCCUUAUCUCAUACCUAAGUCUUGGUAUCAAGAAAAGUAUAAAAUGUUGAAGUACGAACUUAAUUGUGAGAAACAGGUCCAAGUCAGAGUAAUGAAAACUUGCUUAAAGAAUAUCAAUACCACAGCGGACAAUGUCGUGAAUAUAAAUGAAAUAUCUUCAAUGAAUGGGUUCAUGAAACAAUUAGAUGAAAUGGAGGAAGACGCCGUUUAUUCACUAGGUUUGUCUAAGAUCCACUUUAGCGUGAAACGUGAUCGACUGAUACCUCCAAAUGAUGUCCCAGUCGGCAUUAUUAGAUCAUUGUAUGAUUCCUUCUUCCGUUGCCAAAUUCGAGAAAGAGAAUCUUUGAAGACAUGUUGUCACCGCAGUAUAUUCGAACCUUUUAGGGGAACCUCAGUUUUCAAACAUGUGAAGUGGUAUCACUGCCUACAAAGAAUCAUGUUCAUCGUUUCUUGCUGUUUAAUAAUUAUUCCAUGGGUAUUAAGAAUCGCUAUUUUCUAUCGAUAUGAAGAUAGUGAACACGACGAUAGGGACGACGCAGCACAAGAUCGGAAGCUGGAAGUGCACUACGCAUUUUUUCCAGGAAGCAUGGCGAGUUUUUUAACUCCAGUUCAUGCUAUCUUUGUUUUCUGCUACUCUGUGCUUGUAUUAGACGCUAUCCUGUUUGGAAUUCUAGAAUUCGUCACAUCUGAAGUGAAAAGGAACAUUGAAAUAGUUUUUCGGAAGUGCUUCCGAGAUAUGAAAGAGUCCUCAUACUCGAGAUCAUUCGGAUGGGCAAUAAGAACUUUGCUUUACCCCUUCAAGGAGUAUGGAGUUCUCGCAUUCUUCAUCGUUGGUAUAUACUGGUUGUUCGUUUUACCAGUUGUUAUCAUAGUCGUGGCAUUUUACUGCAUACCAACACUGAACAUCGCUGUACGUUUAUUGUGCCAUUUGAUAAUUGUAAUUUUCCCGGAUUUUAAAUUCGUAACCAACCUAAAAGAACAAGUUGGUGUAGUUGGCCUUCUCCGAAAAGAAACUGUUGCACGUCUGUCAACCAAAUCUAGUCACCGGUUUCGUGUCAUUCAGUUUAUUGCCAUUUUGUUGAGCUUACUUGCUUUGCUCUCCUGCGUAAUUUUGGCGGUAGAGGUCAUCGUCUUUUUUGUUGAAAUCAUAGUGUACACGUUGAUUGGCGUCAUCCUGAACGCUUCUCAAACACUGAAAUACGUAUCCCUACUUUUCAUGCUAACUUUGUACGCUCGAGAUUGUUUUGGGAGUGUGACCCGGAAGUACCAGGCUUUCAAUCAAGCUAUAAAUAAAGCACUUCUUGGAAGGGUAAAAGAUGAAGUCGACAAGGUGGCCUGGCAGACAGCGGACAAGCAACCGAACACCGCCUUUCAAAUAAGUGUUGAUGAUCAUGAGAAUAAAUCUGUGACAAAUGACAUUUACGCUCAUAUGUGUAGUGGCGUACUGAAAUGGAGUCUUCCUCGCGUUCUGUUAUUUUUAGAUAAUCAUGAUAAGCCAUAUAUCACUAGGACCUUCUUUUUUAAGGCUGCUCACAUUGAUCACGUGGGUUGCCCCGGAAGUCUCUAUAAAAAUUUGUUGUGUGCUUUGCGUCAGUUUCUAGUGAUUAUUCUGUUUCUUCUAUUUGUUGUUGUGGUUGUUAUGGCGUUUGGAAAUGAAUAUUCGGUUUCUGGUGUCAAUCAAAUGCUGGCUACACUCGCUGGGGGAUUUUUACCAUGGGUCUUUCGGAAUGUUCUUUUUAAGCCUCCUGCUGACAUUGAAGUUGAUACAAGUAGUCUGAGCUUCCGGAAUCUUUUUGAUGACAUCAUAAGAGAGCACAGACAAAACUGGCCAGUAGCAGAUAUCAUUCCAAUUUCAAAGCAACCUGAAAGUCAAGGUAUUGAAAAGAGGGCAAAUUCUCACCCAUCGGAAAAGAUUCGCAUGGAUCCAGGGAGUGUUACUAUGCUGAAUGGGAACUUCUUCUGCGAGAAGAAAGACGACGUGUUGAUUGUCAAUAUUUCGAACAAAGUUAAACAAGAAAAUGAAAUGACGGAUGUAUAGCGAAUAGUUGUUCAGUUUACUAGUAGAAGUUGUGGUUGUUUUUGUAUAUUGAGGGGGGAGGGAUAAAAUGUACAUUUGGAUUUAUUCUUAGUUUGUCCAUCACAGACUGUUCAUCUUCGUAUAGCUAUUGAUUUUCUACUUUAUUUUUUUUUAAUCUAAAAUGAAUUAUAUGUAGGCAAUUCUUUAAAAUAUUAUUUUUAGGUAAUCAUGCAACAAUCUUAUUGUCUCUUAAGCUGAUGAUCUCAUUUUGUAAGUGUU